UUUGUUUCUGUGUUUUUUUUCCCCUCUCUCGUCGCCUCGUUUGAUUCACUCAGCUGAAGCCAGUCUCCGCUAUUAGAAGAGGCUCGCGGCUUAUUAUUGACUAGCCUCUUCUGUAGUUUGUAUUAAUACCUCUGUAUGCCCACUUUUACGGCGCAAAGUAGCCUUCUACACCAUUUAGGUCCUGUGAGGCUGAUCUGAUGCACCAGCGUGCGGUUCUGACCAUGGAGCCGGCCCGGUGGGUGGCCCGGCCCACCAGCUGCAGCAGCGGCACCGUGGAGUACCACGACCUGGAGGCAGCCGAGGCCCUGGUCAGCAUGAGCUUCUGGGGUCAAGGGUCACACAAGCCGCGCCCGCUGACCCCCACCUCAGACUCAUGCGACUCCAUCCAUUUGCAACCGGAAGCGGCAGACACUCCAAAAGACCUUGUUGCACUUUCCACCCUGUGUAUGACUCCACCCCACAGUCCGAGCUUCUCCGAGACCUCCACCACAACCACAACCACUAUCCUCAAUACCACCACCACCUCCUGCUCCUCUGUGAGCAGCACCGUCGCCAGGCCAGUGCUGCCCAGGCCCCGGGUCUCCUCCGGCCCCCUCCCUCGCACAAGCCCCCCACAGGCGGGUCUGGGCCGGGGGCCUUAUCCCGGCAGCACCCUGACAUCGGAGCCCUCUGAGUUGGGUUCAGCCGAGGGGCCGGCCAUGACCCCUGGCAGGGCCAUGGUCACCAGCGUCAUCCGACACACCGCAGAUCGCUCCUUGCCCAGCCACAGAACGGCCCCGGCCUCUUCUCCCUGCCAGCAUCCGGGGGGCCCCACACAGCGGACCCUCUGCUCCGCGGGGCCCGCCCCACAACCACAGCUCCAGAUCUUCCAGAUCAAAGAGGAUACGGCCAGGGGUCCGUGCGCCAUGGACACCUCGGACGGCUCUCUCCCUUCGUCUCCCGAGAGCCCCUCCUCCUCCUCCUCUUCCUCCUCCUCUGUGGUUUCCCUGGUUCACUCGCCCCCCUCGGUGUCUUCCUACCAGCCCUCGCCCUCCCCCCCAGCCGCGCUCCCCAGCUCCCCGGUCCUGUGCCAGGUGUACCCGGUGAGGGGGAGGUCCGGGAUGAUCUCGGCCUUCGUCCAGGCUCCAGUGCAGGUUCAGGCCCCAGGGGGGCCCAAGCCAAUCCUGCCCCAGUCGUCUCCCUCCUUCCCUCAGCAGCUCCUAGUGGGCUCCUCGGUCACCCAGGGCACCGUGAUGUUCGUGGUGCCCCAGAGCUCCGUGUCGCAGGCCCCCCAGGGCGCACAGCAGGUCAUGACCCUGGGCAACACCAAGCUCCUCCCCCUUGCGCCAGCUCCUGUUUACAUGGCGACGGGGCAGAACGGCGGCCCGUCGCAGGCCGACUUUUCCCGCCGGCGGAACUACGUGUGUAACUUCCCCGGGUGCAAGAAGACGUACUUCAAGAGUUCCCACCUCAAGGCUCACCUCCGAACCCACACUGGUGAAAAACCCUUCAGCUGCCACUGGGAGGGCUGCGACAAAAAGUUUGCACGUUCCGACGAACUCUCCCGGCACCGGCGGACGCACACCGGAGAGAAGAAGUUUGUGUGCAACGUGUGCGAGCGGCGCUUCAUGCGCAGCGACCACCUGACGAAACACGCCCGCCGCCACAUCACUACCAAGAGGGCGUCGUCGUGGCCAACCGAAACGCGUGACCUCAACAAAAUGCCGCUGCCCAAGACCCAGGCCAGGACCUCUCCGCAUCCUGUCGGCGUUCUGGUGCCCAGCACAAACUAACUAAAAAAAACAUAUAAAGACUAUAAGGCGACCAGGUGGGGAAUACUGGUAAAGAUCCACCCGGGCCUGGCUAUUGUCUGUAAAUCUUCUCCAGCUGUAUCCGUCAGCUAUAGGACCCAGCCACUCAAUGGCCCGUACUUUUUUAUAUAACUGAAAUAACUGAUAUCACAACUGGCAGUUGAAGGAUCAGGAAUGGGAAAAGAUGUUGGAACAGCGGGAAGGCAGUUUAGCUUGCUCAGGACAUUUUUUUUCUCACCAACCACAUGGAGAACAAGGACACAUACAGACCAGGCUGCUAUGAGUCAUGGACAAUUCACAGACAAAACUGACAUUGCACUGGAUUUUUUUGUAUUAUGCUUGUUUUGUACUCUUUACAUACAGGUAAUCAUGUUUACUCAAUGUUUAUGUCAUGUUUAGCAAAUGUAUGCACUCUUGUUUUUGCCAAAGCCUCUGUAUUGUGCUUUUAUUAGCCAAAUGUUUUUCUUUUUUUGCUAUUGUAAAUAAUGUACAUGUAUUGAUAUCUAUAUGAAUGUUAUGUGUAUUCCAUUCUGCAUUUAUUGAUAGUACAUUAAUUAUUUUAUUGAUAUUUUAAAAAUAUCAGUGGACAGUAUUCCUCACUGUGAUACUACCUACCAUCUUGCUUUAUACAAUAUUAUUUAAUAAACUUUUGUUAAAAGUGCUGUUUUUGAUAGUUUAAUUUGGCCUAUAGUGUCGCCAGUAAGAAAAUACCUCAUAUUAAAUGUUAUUCUUAAUAACAUCUUUUAUCAAAAUAAUCCCAUUUCUGAAUACUUGCCUGUAAGCAAUGUUUAAGAAUAUGGCUUUUGUAAUAAAAUGCACCACUAAAUCUG